AUGACGACGGACAAACUGAAACAGCGGCUUCAGAAGCCCAAAACAAAGAAGGGUGCAAGACUCUUGCGCGCUCGGGAGCCUCAGGCGGUUGAGGUCCUGAAGAAGGCUCUCUUUCUCUUUGGUCAUAAUACCAGCCAAGUCAUCAAAGAUGUCCUGGCUGACCUGCACAAGCUGAAAUGGCAAGAGUCAGUGAAGUACACUCGCAAGAACGAUGAUGUAAAACCUUUUGAGGCUGGUGGAGAGGCAUCUCUGGAGCAUUUCUGCAAGAAGACAGACUGUGGACUCUUUGCUGUGGGCAACCACACAAAGAAAAGGCCCCAUAACCUGCUCCUGGGGCGAAUGUACAACUAUCAUCUUUAUGACAUGGUGGAGUUUGGAGUAGUGGGGUUCAAGUCAUUGGGCAGCUUCGGAUGUGCAAGAUGCCAAUUGGGAGGGAAGCCAAGCUUCCUGUUCGUUGGCGACAAAUUCGAGACUGUGCCUGUGCUGAAGCUGGUGAAGAACAUCCUCCUGGAUUUCUUCCGAGGACGGGUUGUGAAACAGCUGAAUGUGAUGGGUCUGGACAGGGCUGUUGUGGUGAUGGCUGCAGCAGAUGACAAACUGGCCUUCGUUCACUGCCAGAUCAACCUCAAGAAAUCUGGAACUCAGGUUCCGCAAAUGGAGCUCAAAGAAAUAGGCCCAAGAAUGCAUUUGGAAGUGCGCCGUUUCAGGGAAGCCCCUGCUGAUCUGUCCAAAGAAGCGCACAAGCGGCUGGAAACUAAAAAGAAGGAGAAGAAUGUGGAUAUCGACACACUUCACAACAAGGUUGGCCGUGUGUAUGUUCCAAGACAAGAUGUCGAUUCCAUGGCGCUUACAAAGCCAAAGGGUGUCAAGCGGAAGCAGCGGGAAGAUCGUGAACAACGAAUGGGAAAGAAGACUCGAAAGCCGAGUGCACAUGAAACAGAAUAG